CUGCUUUAUAAGGUGCCUGUCCUCCGUCCCGGACUCAUCGUUUCACAGUCUGGGUGGUAGCAUCACUUUUCUUCCCUGUCUCUCGAGAACUUCCCGUCCUACCCAACCCGACCAAGUCGCCGGUUCAUUUCCCUCACUCGGAAACAUAUACCUCACACCCGAUACCUCCAACACUCCGAGAACCCGAGUCACAAACACCCAGCCUUCAUUACACCGCUUCUCUCACAAUGGUCCUCGAGCGCCUUCAACAGUUGACCCACCAGGUCAAGGCUACAUCGCCGCCUCCUCAUCCUUUGGACCCCCUCUCGACGGCGGAAAUCGAUACCGCCGUCGCUAUUAUCCGCAAGGAAUAUGGCAAAGUCAAUUUCAAUGCGGUUACUCUCUACGAGCCCCGCAAGGCGGAGAUGAUGGCAUGGCUGGAAGAUCCUCAAAAGGUUCCCCGUCCGACGCGUGCUGCAGAUAUCGUUGCCAUUGCACCUGGCGGUAAGGUCUAUGAUGGAGUCGUCGACCUCGAUGAUAAGAAGAUCGUGAGAUGGGAGCACACGCCUGGUGUCCAGCCCUUGAUUACUAUGGAGGACUUGCAGGAGGUCGAGUCAAUUGUUCGCAAGGACCCCAAGAUCAUCGAGCAGUGCGCGAUCAUCGGCAUUCCCAAGGAGGACAUGGACAAGGUUUACUGCGAUCCUUGGACAAUCGGCUACGAUGAGCGUUUCGGUACAGAUGUUCGUUUGCAGCAGGCUCUCAUGUACUACCGCCCUCAUGUCGACGAUUCCCAAUACACAUACCCCUUGGACUUCUGUCCCAUCUUCAACGCAGAAACGAAGCAGGUUAUCCACAUCGACAUACCCCCGGUCCGGAGGCCAAUCAGCAAGGCCGCCCCCAACAACUACCACCCCGCGUCAAUCGAGAAGGAAGGCGGUUACAGGACAGAUAUUAAGCCUAUCCACAUCACUCAACCGGAGGGCGUUUCUUUCGUUGUCAACGGACGUUCGAUCGACUGGCAGAAGUGGAACAUCCACGUUGGUUUCAACUACCGCGAAGGUAUCGUCUUGAACAACAUCACUUUCAACGACAACGGCAAUGUUCGUCCCAUCUUCUACCGUCUGUCCCUAGCAGAAAUGGUGGUUCCGUACGGAAACCCCGAGCAUCCUCACCAGCGCAAGCACGCCUUCGACUUGGGAGAGUACGGUGGUGGCUACAUGACCAACAGCCUGUCACUUGGCUGUGACUGCAAGGGUGCUAUCCACUACAUGGAUGCCGCUUUUGUUAACCGCGCAGGUGCCAGUACAAUCGUCAAGAAUGCCAUCUGUAUCCACGAAGAAGAUGCAGGCAUCCUCUUCAAGCACACCGACUUUCGUGAUGAGUCUGUGGUUGUGACCCGCGCUCGGAAGCUGAUCAUCUCCCACAUUUUCACUGCCGCCAACUACGAGUACUGUGUCUACUGGAUCUUCCACCAGGAUGGUACUAUCCAACUUGACAUCAAGCUGACUGGUAUCCUGAACACCUAUGCUAUGAACCCCGGUGAGGACACCAAGGGCUGGGGUACUGAAGUCUACCCCGGUGUCAACGCACACAACCACCAGCACUUGUUCUGUCUGCGUGUGGACGCCAAUGUCGACGGGCCCAACAACACCAUUUUCCAAGUCGAUGCUACUCGCGGCGCAGGCGAGGUCGGAAGCGCCGAGAAUAAAUACGGCAAUGCAUUCUAUGCGAAGAAGACCAAGUUCACCACCCCUCUGGAAGCGAUGUCCGACUAUGACGGCAACACUGGAAGAACCUGGGAGAUCGCCAACACCAACAAGCUGCACCCCUACAGCAAGAAGCCUGUGUGCUACAAGCUAGUCAGUCGUGAAAUUCCCCCCUUGCUUCCCAAGGAGGGUAGCUUGGUCUGGAAGCGGGCCGGCUUUGCAAGACAUGCUGUGCAUGUCACCAAAUACUCGGAUGACCAGAUUCACCCUGCUGGACGCCACGUACCACAAACCUCUGGUGAGCCAUCUCAGGGUCUUCCGGCCUGGAUUCAAGAGGCAGGUGCGUAUUCCUCCAUCGACAACACGGAUGUUGUUCUAUGGCACACUUUUGGCCUGACGCACUUCCCUGCCCCGGAGGACUACCCCAUCAUGCCUGCAGAGCCAAUGACUCUUCUUCUUCGCCCGAGACACUUUUUCGCCCGGAACCCUGCCUUGGAUGUUCCUCCCAGCUUUGCUCGGACGCCAUCUCAGGUGGCAGCCGGCGCUGCGUCCUGCUCUUCUUGUAAGAAGAGCGAUGGGUCUAGUGUCCUGGUCUAGUUUCUUUUCUCGCGUUACUUAGCUUCUUGGGGUUCUUGGAUGAUUAUCAUGAUGUCGUUUGUUUGAAUACCAUGUCUAAUAGCUUUUGAUACUGAAGUCAUUUUCGGAACAGUAUAUGGAAGGUCUU